AUGGCAGCGAAAUCCGAUGGUCGGGGGGUCAUCCGGGGAUUCGCCCAGCUGCACAACCUGGACGAGGUGGUGGGGACCGGCGAGGGCGACCCGAGGGAAGGCAGCUCCUUCCACAUCUGCCACUGCUGCAACACCUCGUCCUGUUACUGGGGCUGCCGGAGCGCCUGUCUGCAUUACCUCCGAGGCAAGGGGAAGGGGAGAGGCGGGGGAGGAGGGGACACAGUGCUGGGGCGGCCGCCACAGGAAGAGCGCCUCUGGCUGGACUGUCUGUGGAUCAUCCUGGCCCUGUUCGUGUUCUUCUGGGACGUGGGGACGGACCUGGCGCUGGCCAUCGACUACUACCACAAGCAUGACUACCUCUGGUCCGGACUCACCCUCUUCUUGGUGCUGGUGCCCUCGGUGCUGGUCCAGAUCCUGAGCUUCAGGUGGUUCGUGCAGGAUUACACCGGGGGUGGUCUGGGCUCUGUGGAAGGGCUGAGCAACCGGAGAGCUACGGCAGGGCUGAGCGCACAGGGAAGGGACAGGUGCUGCCUGCUCUCUGUGUGGCUGUGGCAGACCCUCAUACACAUCUUCCAGAUGGGACAAGUAUGGAGGUAA